CGGGCGGUCCUAGAGAGUGCGCUGUUCUGCUUCACUCCGGCCUCAGGACUCUCCGCCAGUGACCCGAGGAGACAGCUGCGAGCGGGUGCCUUUAUCUAGACAAAUCCUGCAAAAAUGUCUCUCUAUCCAUCUCUUGAAGACUUAAAGGUAGACAAAGUAAUUCAGGCUCAGACUGCCUUUUCUGCAAAUCCUGCCAACCCAGCAAUUUUGUCAGAAGCUUCUGCUCCUGUCUCUCAAGAUGGAAAUCUCUACCCUAAACUGUAUCCAGAGCUGUCUCAGUACAUGGGCCUGAGUUUAAAUGAGGAAGAAAUAUUUGCAAAUAUGGUCCUGGUUGGUGGAGCACCAGCUCAAGGGCAAUUGGUAGCAAGGCCUUCCAGUAUGAGCUAUAUGGUGGCUCCUGUAACUGGUAAUGAUGUUGGAAUUCGUAGAGCAGAAAUUAAGCAAGGGAUUCGUGAAGUCAUUUUGUGUAAGGAUCAAGAUGGAAAAAUUGGACUCAGGCUUAAAUCGAUAGAUAAUGGUAUAUUUGUUCAGCUGGUCCAGGCCAAUUCUCCAGCCUCUUUGGUUGGUCUGAGAUUUGGGGACCAGGUACUCCAGAUCAAUGGUGAAAACUGUGCCGGCUGGAGCUCUGAUAAAGCACACAAGGUGCUCAAACAGGCUUUCGGAGAGAAGAUUACUAUGACCAUCCGUGACAGGCCUUUUGAACGGACAAUCACCAUGCACAAGGAUAGCAGUGGACAUGUUGGCUUUAUCUUUAAAAAUGGAAAAAUAACAUCCAUAGUCAAAGAUAGUUCUGCAGCCAGAAAUGGUCUUCUCACGGAACACAACAUCUGUGAAAUCAAUGGGCAGAAUGUCAUUGGAUUGAAGGACUCUCAAAUUGCAGACAUACUGUCAACAGCUAGAACUGUAGUUACCAUUACAGUCAUGCCUACUUUUAUCUUUGAACAUAUCAUUAAACGGAUGGCGCCAAGCAUUAUGAAAAGCCUGAUGGACCACACCAUUCCUGAAGUUUAAAAGUCUUGGCACAACACAAUGCAGCUGACCUUUCCAGUUCCCUUCUUUGGCAACUUCCGUACUCUGCACAUGAAGCUUUCCCAGGGCCGUGAGCACCUGCUGCAUGAGGACCUCUGUUUCAUGGGAUGGCUGGGAAUCUAACCGGCUCAUCUGAUAACUGUUCAGAUUUCAAGAUAGUUGUAGCCUUACCCUGGUUUUACAGAUGUGAAACUUUCAGAUUUACUGACUUUCCUAGCAUAGUUUCUCUACUGGAAAAACCUGAUGCUUUUACAAGCCAUUGUGGUUAGGAUGACUGAUCUGGGCUUAGUUUUGUGUGAUAAACAGUCAACUCCUACGUCAUGAGUAGUGCUGUUCAUAUUACUUUAGUUCUGUGGUGUAUUUGCAUUUUUAACAUGUAACCAAGUACAUUUAGAAUGAUUGCCUUUGAUAGUGUUUUUUUUUAGUUCUGUUUGUGUGUGUAAAAUACCGAGUAAGAACACUGGUUUCAUUCCAUGUAAGCAUUAUAUAGGCGUGUGUAGAUUGCAAGAGGCUGUGAUGACUGUCAUUAAAUUUUAACUACCUUCACUUACUAUGCUUGAACUGUCGCCUUAACUAUGUUAACCAUCUAGACUAAAAGCCAAAAUGUAAUUAUUGCUGCCUUUCUAAAACCUACCAUGUAGUUCUGUCUUAAACCGAAAUGUACUCUAACCCAGACUAUGGAAUGGUACUUCCUGAGCUACUGUAGCAUAGCUGCUUACUUGCAUUUGAGAUUUUCUAGUCAAUGCAUAAUGGAAACAAAGAUUCUUUCUUAUAAAAGUUGCCAGUAUCAAUUUCUGAGAAAUGAAUUGCUAUAUAUAUUUAAUGUAAAAAUUCUUAUGCUAACUAAAUGGGAUGAACUUUUGAGUCCUGUUUUUCAUUUGUAGAUUAAGUGGGAUAGUACUUAAUUUUGGCAUUGAAUCUUAACAUUAUGUAAUCCAGCUACUUUGGGAUUGUCUUAGAAUGUUUUCCUGGUAAUCUGCUCCAUUUCCUGUCUCCUCCCUGUAAACAAAAUGGCAGUGUGACACUUUAUUCUGAUUGUUUUCUUCUUUUUGGUUUAUGUCUAUUCUAUUUUAAUUAAAUAUGUGUAAGUAAAUUUUAGUCUGUUAUUGCAUCAUUUGCAAACUCUUGUCAGUGGCUUUCACCAAACUUGUGCACGACCUAGAAGACAGUUCACUUCCACGUGUGGCGAGGUUACCUCCCAGGGAAGCUGCCAUCCAGCAGCCUGUGGCCUGACAGCGUCUGAGCACAUGUGGGCAGUGUGCAGGCCUGAGGGGCUGGUGCACACUCGGGUACCUGCCAUGAAGCAGGAACUCACUGAGGCUGUUGAUUGUCCCUGGCGACACUGGAACCUGUGUAAUAAAACUUAUAAUUGACUUUGAAAAUUCUA